UUCUAUUCAGGUGUGGUGCAGCAGAGGCACAUCUAAAAGUUGCAGGACUGCGGCCCUCGAGGACUGGAGUUUGAGACCCCUGCUCUAACAGGUGGUCGUUAGCCUCACAAGCUAAAACCAAGUACCAUGCCAACUGUCUUCAUCCACAAAGAACCUAAACCCCACUGCCAGCUAGUGAGCGAAAGACGCUGGGAGAGCCAGGAAACGCUGGAAGCUCUUUUCAAUGAUAACGGAGCCAUUGCUUCGUGAUGUUACAUGAUGUGAAACCAGGGCCCCAACACCUGACCGAAGAUCAAACCCUAAACAGCUGUUACCUCAUCGGACACAAAGCUACUUACAUACCGGAUCAUACAGUCCGACCAGAGCUACGUGUCAGUCAUCGUUUCAUUUAUGAAGCUGAAGGUGACAAGAGCAGCACAAACACCAGCUUCACCCGUCAACUCUUUCCUCUUGGUCCUCCUCAACUUCAUCACCUCUUGUGAUUUCUUCAUUCCCAUCGAUUUCAACGAGCUCUGAUUCAAACUGAAAAGGCUUAACAACCUUACUCAUUGUUUAUUUGACUGGACUGAGGUGACAGAAUCGGACCAAGCACCAAUGCAUUGCAGUGUAAACAACAUGGUGACAUCCUUGCUACAAUAUAUUAUUAAAACUGAUAAACUGUUUUUGGAGAAUGCGAGCAUUGCAACAUAAUUCAGCUACAAAUUGAGUAUAAUUAUUUUGGAUUUUAAACUUUUUGACCAAAGGUAGAUAGAGCCAUUAAUAUAUGGAAAUAGGCCUUUAUUUAAUGUCACAAGGAGGCCACGCACUAUUUGCAUAUUUUUUUAUUUAUUUACUCAUUCUGUUUCAAGGUAGAGAGAGAGGUACACGAAAACACGGACUCCUAAGUUCACAUUGUUCAUAAAGCGUGUUCUCUCCACCCAAGGGAGCGAGGUGUAAGCGGCAGCACUUACCUGGCGGGUGUCUGGUUUCAGAGACAGCCCUUCUUGUAAUGGGAGUGUCCUCAGAGAGCAUGCUGGUGUUAAACUGUCCUCCUACUGGUUACAGGCUUCAAUGGGAGGUCUGCUGGUGUGGCUGCGGAUCACAUACGAGUUGUAUUUGACUUCCUUAACAGCCAUAGCGCCUCAGUUUAACUUUCCCUAGAGCCGCACCGUGAGAGCACUUACUGCGGCUUUUCUGGGAGAGUGACGAUGGACGAGGAGCGCAGCGGCUCUCCGGACCUGACGGACAUAGAGACCAAGUUGGGUCGAAAAGUUCCGGACGGUCUCGUUCGGUCUCUCGCGGGAGGGAGACGCAGCGACAGGCACGAGCAUGACAAGUCAGCUGCGCCUCACUUAGCCAACUGCAAAUUCUGCGCAAAUUCAACGGACCUGAAGAGGCUGCAGGAUAAAAUGCUGUUCUUGAGACAGGAGAUGGCAAACCUGCGAGCCAUCGACGUGAAGCUCAUGCAGCAGCUCAUGUCGAUCAACGACGGCAUCGAGUCCAUCCGCUGGAUGAUGGAGGACAAGGGGGACGCAACGAGCCAGGACGGCAGCCUGACGGGCAGCUUGUACAGCCUAUCGGACAGCCAGGACGGUUCCUCCCUGCGGGGCAGCUUCAACAGCCUGAACGAUGGAAACGGCGACGGCCUGGACGGCCUGUCCGUUGGCAGCUACCUGGACACUCUGGCAGAGGACCUACCUGGAGACUCGUCCUCGCCCACGGACCUCGACCGUUUAAUGGAUAAAGCUGUAAUCUCUGGCGAAUCCUUCACCAAGUCGCCGCUGAAACUCAGGGUGGAAUCAGACGAAUACUACUGCUUUAGAUAAUGGUGAUAAGAUAGACAAAGACUACUGAGAUAUAUAGAAGAAGAAAAAAACCUCCUUUGUCCUUUUUUUAUUCACAUUUUUUUUCUCCCAGGUUUUUGAAGACGUGGGCACGUUUGGGAAUGUUCCAUUUUCCCUUGACACCAUUUUCCUGAAGUGGAUUAGCAAAACCUCAAGCAUUUAUUUAUUUAUUUUUUUAACAAAUGUCACAAGAUGCAAGAGAAAUCCUCUCUGUAGCAAUGACUGCUUAAUAUUUGUAUUACUUAAAAAAAAAAAAAACUCAGACGGUGCCGAGUUACGAUUUAUGAUUAUAUUUAUUGUUAAAUUACCCUGUAUGUCUGUGGUUUCCAUCUGAAAACAGGUUGAACAAAAGUUGCACUUGAGCUGAGCAGCAGAUUUUCCUCUCCUUCUAAGGAAAACGUCACUCUCUGAGAAAAACCAGCGGGUUAGGAUUUUGCAGCCGAUUGGAAAAUUGGACAUUUCACGCUGAGCGAUUCGAGUAGUUUAACUCUUUCAGGUGGCAAAGUUAUUAGUUUUGAACUUCAAAGCAAGUGCAAUUUUCCUCCAUGCCAAAUGCUGAGCGCCACAUACAGCACAUGUUUUCCAGUUUUAUUGCUUUAACUGACUGGAGUUAAUAAAGCUUUUGGCCUCCAGCGGGUAUCAGUGGUAGCUUCAGCAUGUAGUCUUAUUCAAAGCUUGACUGAAAACCAAAGAAAUUUCUCUCAGAGGUCAUUAACACCUGAGGCUAAACUGCAUUAUAGCACCAGAUGAGAGAUUUGUUAUCUGUAGGCAUGUGUGAAACGCAUGCUCGCUUUGAGGGCACAUUUUUGUUGUCUCGGCUUCUGAUGAGGUUCUUUGUUUGUAAAAUUGCUUUUGUUGAUUCGUCUCGACAUGUUUGUGUUUAAUGAUGUCUGCUUUUGAAGCCGGCAAAAACAAGCAUUUUAUUCAACGUUGCUAUCUUUGUUGAGAAAAUAAAAUAAUAUAUUGUGUUUUUGUU